AUGGCGCCCCGUCUCCCGGCGGGGCUGCUGGCGCUGGGGGCGGCGCUGCUGUGGCCGCCCCCCUGCCACGGGCACUGCGGGCAGCUGAAGUGCGCGGAGCAGGAGAGCUGCUGCAGCUACGGGAACGCCACCCACGCGGAGGUCAAGUGCUGCGCGCUGCCCUUCCACACCUUCCUGGACAACGUGGGCUGGUUCGUGCGCAAGCUCUCCGGGCUGCUCAUUCUGCUGGUGCUCUUCGCCAUCGGCUACUUUCUGCAGCGCAUCAUCUGUCCCAGCCCGGGCCGGCACGCCCGGCGGCGGCGGCGGCGGCAGCGGCGGGGCCAGGACGACGACGACGACGAGGACGAGGACGACGAGGCGGCGCUGGACUCGCCCGCCCGCGGCACCCCGCUCAACGCGACGGCCGCCACCUCGCAGGACUCGCUCCUGGACGGCGGGGACCACGAGCCGCCGCCGCCGCCCUUGCUGCACUUCGUCUCGCCCGGCUUCCUGCAGCUGCCCAGUUACGAGGAGGUGAAGUACCUGCCCACGUACGAGGAAUCCACGCGGCCCCAAGCGCCCGUCGUCCUGCCGGUCACCAGCCUGGCCACGGCGGCCGGCGCAGGCCUGGUGGCCGCGGAGCCGGACCGCUGGGCACGAUACGGCAGCUGA